ACACAGAGUGGCCAAGGCCAGGGGCGGCCCCGCAGGGCCCCACCAGCAGCAGGAUCCGGUCAUUGCGGGAUCCGGUCACUGUGGGGCCAAGCUGUGGGGCUGAACUGUGGGGCCGGGUGCUGGCAGGCGACGUGGGAUGGAGGAGGCGAGUGGGGUGACCCAGAAGGCACAGGGUGCUUCAGGUCCCCAGAGCUCAUUUUUUGUCCCCAUCUCUGCCAAACUGCAUCCGGCAGCAGCCUCACUGCACCCCAACCACACAGGCACCCCCUCUGCACAUUUUGACCCCCAGGGCCAGGCUGGGCAGAGCCCCUGCUCCCCACUGCGUCUUGCAAGCGAGCGGCUGGACGAGGACAAGGGCAGGGAUGAGGACGAGGACAAGGAUGAAGAUGAGGACCCAGCUGCGGCAGGGGACGAGCAGCACAUCACCACGCUGCUGGCCAGCACAAACCCCCACAGCACUCGGCAUCUGCCCCAUAAGGAGGAAGAAGAGCACUCGGGGGGCACCAGCAGCCCCCGCCCCGAUGGGCGGCAGCCUCAAGGGCUCGAUGGCACUGGGCCGGAAGCCCCCCGCCCCGACCUCUUUGCUGCCCUGCAGCACGCCGUCAGCUCGUUGGAACGCGCCGUCAUCUCCCGGCAUCGGCGCACGCCGGCACCGCCAGCAGAGUGGGCACAGGUGGGGCAGCGCGGCCAUGGACAGCCCCAACACCACGGGGGUGGGCACUGCCCCACGGCCUUGUGCCUCCAGAGCCUGGAGGAGCUGCAGCGCGUGGCGGGGACGUGGCAGGGCCUGGAGAGGGGCGAGGGGCUGCUGGAGGCGGCGGCGAGGAACGCGGCGCUGCUGGAGGCGCUGGGGCACCGCGACGAGGAGCUGAGCCGCACCACGGAGGCACUGCAGGCGUUGCAGGGGGAGCGCGAGCGGCUGCAGGGGAAGGUGUGGGAGCUGCAGGAGGCUCUGGCCAGGCUGGAAGGAAUGGGUGGUGCUGGGGGUGACGCCGUGGGGCUCGGCAGUGCUCCAAGACUGGGGGACCCCCAGGACUUGUCCGGCUGCCUCCUGAGCUACGACGAAGCUCAGCACCAAAGCGCUCAGCCCCACAGCCCGCUCUCCCCCCUGCCCUCAGAAGGUGCCAGCCAGGAGCUGGAGGACAGGAUGCAACAGCUACAGGGGCACAUGGAGAGGCUGAAGGAGGUGAACCAGCAGCUCUCGGCUGCCCUGCACGACUGCAAGAGCGAUUCGGAGCGGCUCAGCAUGGUGCUGGGGCAGCACGAGUCACGCAGCAGCGCGCUGCGCCUGGCACUGCAAUGCAGUGAGCGCUGCGUGGACGCCUAUGCUGCACUGCUGGAACGGAUGUGGGCGAAGCUGGGCAGGGAUGGGCACGGCCCCAACGAUGGAGCCAUGGGGAAGCAGAGCGCAGAUUAUGGCUGUGGGCCCAGCCCCACACAGAGCCUGCAGCUCCCGGGCCAAGCAGAGCCGAAGGACAGCGGGGUCAGCUCCUGCCCCAGGCUGCACAGGUACCCCAUUCCCAUCCCCAAGGUGUCCCAGCACCCUACGCCCACCUCACUGCCCCUUCAUCCCUGUCCACACAGCGCCCACGGGUCAGAGGAGGGGGCCCUGCGUGAGGCCAUCCGGCAGCUGCGUGCCGAGCAGGCGGCCGUGCAGGUGUCCCUGAGCCAUGUCCCCAUGCCCACCCGCGCCCCAUCCCGCUGUGGUGAGGACAUCCGUGCCCGUGCUGAGCGUGCUCUGCAGGAUGCUCGUGCCCUCCUGCCUGGCUGGAGGCGGCCAGAGAGAGCGGAGCUGCUGCGGGAGAUCGCGGAGCUGAAGGAGGCCAUGGCCGAGCUGAGGAUGCGGCUGCAGUUGGCAGAGAAGGAGAAGAGGGGCUUGGAAGUGCUGGCGGCUGCACAGGGCCCACGGGAGGCAGCGCUGCGCCUGGUGCUGCAGCACAUGGAGCGGGAGCAGGGGGCUCACAGCCCCUCCAGCAGCUCCAGCAGCAGCGAGGAGGAUGCUCCGAUGGGAGCAGCAGCACCGCAGCGCCCUGCGGACCCGGAGAGGACGGCGCAGGAGCUGCAGCGUGCUUUGGCACGCAUCGAGCAGCUGCACGCCCGAGCGCAGGCCCUGGUGCUGUCCCUGGAGCAGAGCAGUGCUGUCAGCCGUGCGCAGCACCAGAAGUGCAUCGCCGUCACCAGAGAGUCCUUCCAUGCUCACAGCGCUCUGGCCCUGGCGUACCGCAGCGCCCGGCACAAGCAGGCAGCACAGCUGCAGCACCUGGAGGCACGGGCAGGAGCCGUGCAGCAGCAGCAGGCGCAGCGCGUGCAGGCAUUGGCACGACGGCUGCAGGCCUUGGAGCAGCGCAGGGCUGGCGGCGAGACCUGCAUUUAGGGACGCAGGGGACAAUAAAGCGCUGAUGCUCGUG